CAAUGUGUCUUGGAUAUUCAAUAUAAGCAAGACCUUUCACAUCUUUAAUUCACUGACUGAAGGUUAACUUCUGAUUUAUAUGAAAAGGAAGCAGAACCAGAAAGUUAAAAAUACAGACAGCGGAAGGCCUAUAAGAAAGAUUUGAGGAUAAACCAUUAACUAGCAGACCUCUCAAGCCUAAAGGAUGGAAAGUAAGAACGUCUUCCUAAGCCUAUUGCUCUGCUACAGUUUGCUCAGAGCUGCAGAUUCUCAUAUGGUAAUUGAAGAGAAGACAGAAUGCAACCUAUCAAGCAGCAACAAAAUGAAUCUCUCGGAUCUCCCACCCAUCUCCAUAGUAGAUUUAACUAGAAGAUCCCAGAAAGUCAGCAGGAAAGAGGCAGAGAACAGGAAAUCUUCCAAGAAAAACGCUCAACCAAAGACACCUCUGAAACCAAGGCCUACACCAGCUGCUGACUGCGUGCCAAACUUCAAAACCUGCAAACCACAGUUGAAUUCAUGUUGUAACUACUGUGCUUUGUGCAAAUGCCGAAUUUUUCAGACAAUCUGCCAAUGUCUAAUGUUAAACCCAAAGUGUUAAGCCAAACUGGGAACACAAUAAGGCUUCUGUCUUUCAUUAGCUUACAUACAAGUGUGUAUUUCAAACUGCCCCAGGUGUAUAGCAAUCAAAGUAGAGAGCUUCAAAUCUGACAACUUAGAUUUGCCCCUCUAAAGAUUAAAUCGACAAUGGGUUGGGGUUUUUUUCAUAGGGUUAAUGCCAUCAUAAACAGGAUGGUUUUUUCAGGGAGCAGACAACCAGGGAGAUUGGUGUUGGACAGGUAUUUUUAGCAAAACUGACCUGUGUUUUAAGAGGAGUUCUGCAUUCUCCUUUGUUUGGGGGUUGUUUGGGGUUUUUUUGAAGGGUCAUAUUAACCAGAGUUAAUAUGCAAUAUUGUCUAACUGGCACCACAAAACCUGCACCAAUGGCAUGCAAAUGGCCAUGCUAAAACAGGACUGGUUAAUCCGGUGAGGGACCAAAGCUUGGGUUUGCCCAUAAGGACAGCACAGCACCAGCUUCCAGCACAGCCAAAGUAUCAUGCUGAAAAUGCAGGUUUCAGGGUUAACUCCCUUUUCACACAUUCAGUAAAAACCAGGAUGAGAAUUUAUAUAGGUUAUUCUACCUGAAAAGACAGACCAAAAACAAUGAGGCAAUUUUUUAAUCAUCCCCAGACAGGCAUCAGUACAUGUCCCUCCAGUGUUUUUAGUCAUUCUACCAGUAACCAGUAUCUCCAAGGUGUAUAAUAUACCUGUAUAUUUGAAUCCUGAAUGUAUCUGUGCCACAUGACUUAAAAAUCAGAAUUUUUUUCCCCAGCCGUAUCCAUAGGAAUAGAGUCCUCAGCCCUUUUUCUGCUGCCAAGCGCACAGUGCAUGUAGAGCCCAAAAGCAGGAACACAUAUCCAGGACUUAGAGGAAGGAAAGAUCAGCAAAAAAUGAAUGUGUAUCCCACGUGUACAUCUUGAAGAAAACCAUUACAAGCAAUCAAUCUCUCUUUCUUUGCCUAUUCUUACUAUGGGCAACUCUGAGCACCUACCCCAAGCAUGAAUUUAGGUGGCAAUCUCCAUGUGCUGCAUGCAACCAGUGACCGCAGGAAAAAAAAAGAAGAUAAAAUUAUCAAAUGCUGUAUCAACCCUUAAAGGCUCAGAAACAGCUCUGAAGGUAUGGAUGAAGCUCAAGGCAGCAGCAAGCAGGUGUUUAGAAGACAUCUUUCUCCUGUUCUUGAAGCUCUUUGCCUUAAUCUUGAGUUAUCAAAGAUGGCACAGGAGGAAACCCCUUCUUGGUUAAACUACCAGGAGAGAUAUGGUAGGUCACAGGAGAGCAAGGAGGGAGCUGACCCAGCAGCUGUCCCCAACAUUGAAGACUAUUCAUCUGCCAGACUCUUGCUUUUUACCUCCUCUGGUUCUGUAUCUACAAUGUUCCUCUCUCCCACUCCUAUACACUCUCUUUUCUUCUGUGGGCCUUUCUUGAUUUUAGUAUUUUCCCUUCAUGCCACUGCUAUUGCCAGUCACCACAGGAGCCACAUGCACUCCCAAGGCUAAAACCACAUCUUCCAUGUUCACUCCACCUGCCUGCUAGAUGACUGCACCAGCAUCCCCACCAGUGCUCUUUAGCUUUCACAAUCAGAUAUUUUCUAACCAUGAAUUUCUAAUCCCCAUCCUGAAUUUUCUAAUGCUCUGUGCAGAUCAAAUUGAGAGGAAAUUUCUUUACUGAUUUAUUUCUAAGCACAGCUGAGGCAUACAAAAGUCUUCCAGGCAGGCAAAGAUGAUACAGACGACACUCUAAAGGGGCUCAAGCCAUAUGAACUUUUUUUUCUUCUAAUAAUCAAUCCAAAAUCCAGAGCUCAAAACACAGGUCAGAUGUUGACAGAAAUGUUUGUUCAUCUUAGAGGUUAUAUAUAGAUAACAGAGAUUAAUCUAAGGGAGAGCCCAAAUGAUGGCAGGAUGUCAUUGUGUUCCUUAUCUUUUAUAAAAUACAUCAGCUGUCAUAUAAGAUGCAAGCUUGAAUUCUUUUAAAUGUACAUAAGUAUAUCUUUUAAUCAGAUAUCCUGGCUCAGGAACCUGUAAGCCAUUCAGUUACAAUAAAAAGAGGAUGAGAAGGAAGAAUGAUACAUUAUAAUAGGCUUAGAAAACAGAAUUUGGCCCCUUCUUUUACUAGGUAAAGAUUUAGGUUCCCAUUGUUUCAAAGUUCUCGUAACUGUAAGAAAUUGUCCUUGGUUGAUACUAAAAUCGUAUCAAUAAUCACACAACUUCUCAUGUUGAAACGGUAUCAUUUUCUUACCAGAAUGUCCAGCUGGUCAGAAAAAUUGUAUUUUACCAGGGUGGAGAGGAGCAGGAGGAGAGGAAAGGGAAAGAAGGAGAGCCAGAAAUCAAACAAACAGCUGUUCUCUAGACAGCAGCUCCCACUCCAGCUUUGCAGAAUUGCAGAACAUUUGAGGUUGGCAGGGACAUCUGGAAGUCAUCUGGUCCAACCCGCUGCUCAAGCAGGGCCACCUAGAGCUGGUUGCCCAGGACCAUGUCCAGACAGCUUUUGAAUAUCUCCAAGGAGGGACACUCCACAACCACCCUGGGCAACCUGUGCCAGUGCUUGGUCACCCUCACCAUUAAGAAAAAAAAAAAAAAAAAAAAAAGUGUUUCCUGAUGUUCGACUCUCUCCGGUAUGUCCAUACCUCUCCUGUACUGGGGAGCCCCGAACUGGACACAGUACUCCAGCUGCAGCCUUACCAGUGCUGAGCAGAGGGGAAGGAUCACCUCCUCAACCUGCUGUGAUACUCCUCCUAACGCAGCCCAGGACACCGUUUGCCACCUUUGCCGGAAGGGCACACUGAUGGCUCAUGUUCAACUUGGUGUUCACCAGGACCCCCAGGUACUUUUCCGCAAAGCUACUUUCCAGCUGGGUGGGCCCCAGCAAACAUUCAUGCAUGGAUUUGUUCCUCCCCAGGUCCCAGACUUUGCGCUUCUCCUUGUUGAACUGCGUGAGGCUCCCAACAGACCAUUUCUCCAGCCUGGCAAGGUCCCUCUGGACAGCAGCAUGACCCUCUGGCACAUCAGUCAGUCCUCCCAGUUUUGUCAUACACAGACUUGCUGAGGGUACGCUCUGCCCCAUGAUCCAGAUCAUGAAUGAAGAUGGAAAUGGAAAGCACAGAGACCCACAAUGAGGAGCUAGAGACACAGAAGCUAAACCAGCCAAUUACAGGAUGGUGCAUGUAUGCAAUGAAGGAAAAGGAAAGAUCCUUUCAUAUGAGAAUGAGGGAUUUGUUUUUCAACACAUACGCACAUACUUUUUAAUAUAGCAUUUAUACGUGGUGCAUUUUGACAAAUUUGAUUUAUUAAUAAGCCUUUUUUGUAACUGGAAUUGAUUAGAAAGAGGUUAUGCUUUCUUUGCCAUUCAUCUAUCACACCAAAGAAUAUAUAUAAUCAAGGACCCUGAAAUUGUUAUUAGCCUUAGUUACUUUUCUGGGUAAAGAUCCUGUUGCGUGAGGUAUUGAUAGGAUACAGAAAUCAGUAAAACAUGUACACCUAAUAUUUGCUUCCUGUAUUUAGUCUGAACAGAUACUUAUACUGAGGAAUUGUUUCUAAGUGUAAAAGUUCCCUAAGGGACCUAUCUGAAAUGUCAUCAGCACACAGAUGAUAGAACAUAUGCAUGACAAAGAUGGAGUGUUUAACUUUAGUUGUCACAUACCAAAAUGUCUCCACUGAAAAUUUAUUGGAAUUCAAGCUUAGAGACAGACCCAGUAAUGCUCCAUGACAGAGUCAUUUUGCUCCUAGAGACUAAUGGAAAUUUCACCCUAAUUACAGCUUAGUAGGAUUAAGCACCAAUAAAUCACUAUUAGCUUUUCCAAAUAUUGCCUGUCUUGUGUGAAUUUAAAACAGAUACUGUAUUUUC